AUGCUGCGGCCCCGUGCUCCCCAGUUUGUGUCGAUGCAGCCUCUGCCCAUCAGCGAGCUCUGCCCACCAGCGAGCUCUGCCCAUCAGCGAGCUCUGCCCAUCAGCGAGCUCUGCCCACGCGCCCUUCCUUCGCUGCCCGCCCGCUCCCGCCUGAGCCCCGCCCGCGCGGGGCGGCGCUGGCGCUGCGCGGGCCGGGCCGCGAAGCUGGCGCUGGGCCCGGGCGGGGAGGCGGCCGGCGGCCCGCUGCUAGUGUUGCUUCGCCUCAUCUGUGUUGGCCUGGUGUUUGUGUGCAAUGCAGUGAUGUGGACAGUCUUCACAAAGGCCUUACGACUCUCCUCCUCCUCAGCUGCUGCCUCUGUGACAACGACAGCCUCCAACUUCAUCUCUUCGGCUAUCCUGGGAAGGUUGCUCUUCGGGGAGACGUGGACACCUCUGUGGUGGGUCGGCCUUGCCAUGACAGUCUGUGGGCUCGCGCUGCUGCACACGGCUGCACCCCAGCUGGUGCCGGUCCCAGCGGAGAAGAAGGAAUGAUAGCUGCUGGAGGGGUCAUGGUGCCAUGCUGUCCCUCUCCAGCCUGUCUCAUGACAGCAUCCCCAGUCCCCACCGGCCUCUGAACACAUCGGCUGCUAACCCCUGCUCACUGCUCAUCUGCUGACUUCCAAAAUCACAUUGGUCACAUCUUUCCUGGUGGUGGUAUGGUGGCAGUGACAGCUUGGAGGGAGCUGGUCAGCUCUGAGUCAGUAUUGUGAAAAUCAGGGCCAGAGGCUUAUCAGCCACUCCUCUUCUUCACACCCUGUGGCUGUGAAGCUUUCCCAGUUUGGGGAAUGCUGAAAGUAAACAUGGUGGCUGUGGAAGGUGCUUGUGCAUCAGUAUUUUUCCAUGAAAGGACCUAUCCCAAAAUAGAAGAACAAUCAGAAUUAGAUGCUGAAGGCAGCUGUUAUUUCUGCUCUGCUGUUCCUGACUUUCUGUCUCUUGAAAUGGUUCUAUGCCCACUGCUACCUGUAAGGCUGUGGAGACUUUCAUUAAUUCCUUCAGCUUCCUCUGUCAGUCACAUACACCUUUGAACUUGCCAUUUGUAUCUGACGUCUAGAAUUUUCACUUACCCAUUCCUGACAUGUUAGUCACUGUAAGGUUGCUGCUCUUUCCUUUAAACCCUUACCCAGAAUAGGGUUUUGAUCACCAUUCCUGCUUUAUGUAGGUCAAACUAGUUUUGGGACAGUUCAACAGGCAACCUGCUUUCACUUGGAGUACCCAUGUUCAAUACAUCCCUCAUCCCCACUCGAGUUGACAAUUGCUUUAAUGUUUGGUAAAAGGGAGUUUCUCAAGCCAUGUUUUUUCUACACCUCUGGAUGAUGCUUAUUCCCACUGAUGUGAUGUGAUCAACCAGAUCACUGGUAUCUGCUAAAUUUUGCAUCAGUGAUUACUGCGUGUUCAGGUGUCAGUUUGGUGAAUGCGUCACGAAUCAUCAUUUGUAAGGUAUCGGUUUAAUUCCCCUGCCCACUUCUUUUUUUUCCUCCUUGGAAAUUCUUCAGUUGGAAUCCUAAUUAAGAAACACAAUGAUUUCUGUAAAUGUAUGUAUCAUGGUGGUGAUAUCGCUUGCUUGCUCUGGGCUUGCCAGGUUGUCUCUGUCAUCUUGUAAUGACAGAAGGUGAGUCACGGUUGUGGCAUGUGCAGAAAACCAAAGGACACGUUUCUGUGAGCAUCUGUAUCAGAACCUGCCAGGUCUGUCAUGACUGCCAGAUCUGUGCUGUGUCAAGUGUCAAAUAGACUCCUCGAUGGGAAUGCCACUGGAGUUGGGUUUGUGCCUUCUUCUUUGAAUCAGAAGAGUCCCUGUCUCCCAGAAGAGGCCAAGAGCUGUUUGCUCUGUUCCCUGCCAUUCUAGCUCACCACAUCCGGCAGCCGUGUCCCAGGAGGGGCAAAGCCUUUGCCUCUCCCCUCAGUGUGCUCUCAAGUCUUCCUGUCAAAGAGGGGAGCUGCAUAUGUGGUGGGGGAGAGGGCAGAGUGCUCUGGGUGCCUUCCCUCCCUUCCACCAUGGGUCUUUGCACCUGGGGAGCUCUCUGGGUGGCAGCAGUGGUAGGGUGGGACACAUCCAGUUGCCUGGGAAGCUGGGACUUGACACAGGGAACCAGUAUCGCUUAUUGGUCUGCAGACAUGACAGCCAGGAGCCAUGCAUUUCUAAGUACAUCAGUCUCCUUAGAUCUUCACAGAUAAUGGAAAAUUAAUGAAGCCUGAUUUAUUUGCCCUUGUUAUUAACCCUCACCCAGCUGUAAGCCAUGGCUGCCUUCAUGCAAACACCAGUAGAAGGACCAGGCUGUCUGGUUAGUUUGGGUGUUGUCCCAUUUCCUAAUAAACCAUUUGGAAAGCUUUUUAAUCUGGACUAUCUCAAAACUGACAUUUCUUUAUUACGGUCAUUGUUGGAGGUCAAGGUUUAGGAGGUGUUUCUUUGGAAGUGGAACGUGUGCAGAAGGUGUGAGCAGCACUUUACUUGGUGGUGCUCACCUUUAAGGCAGAUGAAUAUAAACCAGGGCUGUAAAUUCUCUCAUAAAUACUUGAAGGUGGGAACGGAAGUAAGUUUUUCACCAAUUCCCAUGGUAAGAAAAGUUUGCCAAGCAAGGUUCAUUUUAUGGCAGAAUCCCACCCCUCUUGUGUACACAAGAGUUUGGCCAUGUCUGCCCGUGGGGCCAGCGCUACAAGAAAAACUGUAAUCACUGUGGCAAAGCAGUGUACUUCUGGUAAACCAUUCAUAUGGGAUCAUCCAAAAUGUGGCUGAAGGUAAAAAAAAAAACCAAAAAAAAAAACCAGAGGGGGAUUUCCAAAAUAAAACUGUGUCCAAAG